AUGUUCUCUUCAACAAGUCGUAACUUCAUUAAGGGAUUUGUGUCCAAUUCGGCAAACCGUCCAUUGAUUGCCGUUUGUCAGUUGACAUCGACGCACGACGUUGAGCAAAAUUUUCGCAUCAUUUCGACGAUGAUCGAGCGCGCUAAACAGCGAAACGCACAAAUGGUGUUUCUCCCUGAAUGUUUCGAUUAUGUUGGAAGGACUCGAGAAGAAAACAUAUCUUUGGCAGUGGAUGAAGAAGGCGAAUAUAUUGGUCGUUAUCGGCAGUUGGCGAAAACUUCUGGACUGUGGAUCUCAUUGGGUGGUUUCCAUCAUAAGGAUCCAAAUAAUAUCGGCAAACCGUUUAAUACUCAUCUAAUAAUAGAUAAUGAAGGGCGGACGCGUGGCAGAUACCAGAAAUUACAUCUUUUUGAUUUAGACAUCCCAGGAAAAGUUCGCCUUGUCGAAAGCGAGUUUUCAUCAGCUGGAAAUAAAAUUGAAAGGCCUGUUCAAACUCCUAUCGGUAAUGUUGCUUUGUCUAUUUGUUAUGAUGUACGUUUUUCUGAAUUGGCACUAUUACAUCGUCAUAAUGGAGCACAUAUUUUAACGUAUCCGUCUGCAUUUACACUUAAUACAGGACUUGCUCAUUGGGAGACUUUAUUAAGAGCGCGAGCAAUUGAAACGCAAUGCUUUGUUGUGGCUGCUGCACAAACAGGAAAGCAUAAUGAAAAACGAGUCUCCUACGGACAUUCAAUGGUUGUUGAUCCUUGGGGAACAAUUAUAGCCCAGUGCUCAGAUGUCAUGGAUAUGUGCUUUUGUGAGAUAUCUUUGGACUAUUUAAAUGAAGUGCGAGCAGUCCAACCAGUUUUUUCUCAUCGGCGAAAUGAUCUAUAUUGCCUGAUAGCCCAUGAAAAACAAGAAAUUGGGGAUAAAUCAUUUACCUUUGGUGAUAAUAUCAUUGAUGCUGAUUAUGUUUUUUAUCAAAGUUCUCACUGUUUUGCAUUUGUUAAUCACAGUCCUGUUCUACCCGGUCGUAAAUAUCAUACCAAUUUAGAUGUGUUAGUGUGUCCAAAGCGUCAAGUUAUACGUUUGUUAGAAUUGGAAGAUUUUGAAACAGCUGAUAUUUUUAUGGCUGCGAAACGAAUUCAGACGAUUUUAGAAGCACACUAUUCAGCUUCUUCAUCAAGUGUUUGCGUUCAAGAUGGUCCUGAUUCUGGGCAAACUAUUAAGCAUGUUCACGUUCACAUUUUACCUCGUAAAAAAGGCGAUUUUGAUGGAAAUCCUGAUAGAUUAUAUAAAGAGUUAGUUGAACAUGAUAAAUCUGGUAAAGUAAAACAAAUCAGAAAUGCUGAAUCGAUGAGAGAAGAAGCUGCUACAUAUCGAAAUUUGCUCAGUUAUUCAGCUUAA